UUGCCGUUGUUGCUCCUGGUUCCGUUUGCGUUUCCAUUUUCGCGUUUUCCGUCGUCCAGCCGGAACAUCGACGAACAAAGUUACGCUAGUAUCGCCGAUAAACGAUCGGUGGUCGACCGGUUCGUCCUCGAUAUCGGAUCGUUCGAUCAAGGAUCCCGCGAGCGCCCUACGAAGCGCCCAACGGAACGAUCGCGACUCGAGAGGAAACCUCGAGGCGUUCGAACGGCCCCUCGCCACCUACCCGCGUAAAACGCGUGUUACUUGGAGUGCCUAACGUCUAAGAAUAGUUAUCUAGCGGCACAUCGAUUCUUAACGAAAGAUCUGCCAUAGUAUCGCGAUGAAUAUGCGUUCGUUUAGCUCCGAAUCGUGUUUCCGGUCGAACGUCCGCUCGUGAUACGCGACGAAAAGUUUUUAUUUAUUUACUCAUUUUAGUCGGCGAGUAAACGCUACGGUGAACCUUACAAACGAACAGAAGGAAUCGAGCAAGCGUAGCAAAUACGCGUCCGAGAGGGUGAAUCGUGUCGAUGGUACCGAGUUCGGUUCUGAUUCGAAAGAGUGCGGUGAUCCGGUGGUGGAAUCUACGUAGAAUCGCCAUUGGUGGCGCCAGAGAUUGGCAAAAUUUUAUUCGAAUAAUAGAUAACGAAUAAAACGUCGCGGCGUUCCAGUGAUCGGACACCCGAACAAUCUUUUCCUCGGUAUCGAGGAAGUAUAUCGAGUGUAUCCGUGAACUUUACGGAGUAACGUAAUAUUAUUGAUUCCGUACCCGUACACGAUCACUGUUUUCAAGCAUUUUUAGCACUGAUAGCAUAAGCGUCUCGGUUGUAAGCGCGUUAUCGUAAGUGAAGAGUGAUUGCCAGUGACACGACUUUUAUUGUUUUUUUGUUCAUCAUCGUUACUCGUUUGUUGGAUUACAACGCAGAAACGAGUAGUAUCGUUUCCUGUUUCGCCCUGUAUCCCUGGUUCUUCGAAAUUGAAUUAUUUAUCGAAAUAAGAAUUUUGCGCAUCUCUGGGCGAUGCGAGGGUCCAAGAGCGAGGCGAUCGGUGCGCGUAUCGGGUGGAUCGAAUGAAAAUGGACGCGACGACGCUUGGUUCGUCGCGAGGCGUCCGGGUGGCCGGUACCGGAUCCGAAGCGAACGAUUCGUCGUCAAAGAGUUUGGGGUGGUGGCAAGUCGGUCUCGUUUAAAGUCGUAAGAGAACGCGUCCACGCGAAACCAGCUGCACGCAUACAUGGGUACCAAUUGGAUCGUCCUGACGAGGUUCGCGUGGCUCCUGUGGUUCGUGUGGUUCGCGUGUCCUGUGAACGGAGAGCUGACCUGUCGCGAGGUGCAAUUGCCUCGCAGUUGCGAAGCUCUUUGCAAGAGGAACAGCACUGGUGACGUUUCCUGCGAGCUCAGGAUCGCCGUCAUUCUCCCAGCGAACUCUAGCUACGAUAUUUCCUUGCCCAAGGUCCUCCCAGUCCUCGAUUUGGCCAUCGACGAAGCUCGAUCGCGAGGCUUGCUACCCCCCCGGUUGAAGUUGACGCUUCAUCCGCAGGACGACCACUGCGACGCGACGUACGCUCAGAUCGCCGCGAUCGACAGCUUCUCCAACUGUGUGCAUCUCUUUCUCGGACCAGCUUGCGAUUAUUGCGUUGCGGCCGUCGGCAGAGUGGUGAAAUUUUUUGGCGCACCUUUGAUCACUACCGGUGGAUUCACCUACGACUUUACACAAAACAAGACAACAUGCGAAAACGAGUACUUUAUGACGACUAGGAUCGGAAGCUUGGCUUUCAGGGAUGUCGCUAGGUUUUUCGUCAGUCUGAUGAAUCGCUACGAAUGGCGGAGGGUGCAUCUGGUUUACGCCACCAACGAGCAGACUUCUGUAGCCGGUAAACACACUUGUCAGCUUAUGAUGAAGUCCAUGGUGGAAUUUAUCAAGACACAGCCAAACAUCACGUUUGGUAAUUUUGAUCUUGAAUCUACCAAAGAAAGUUAUCCAAAUGCGUUGCGGAAUCACGUGGGCAACUGGUACAGCGUUGUAGUCAUGUGUGCCAAUGCAACGACCAUUAGAGAGAUCCUGUUGGCUGCCGAGGAGCUCGGAAUGGUCGAUUCCGGAGAAUAUGUGUUUUUCUCCAUUGAGCUUUCGUCCAGCGACAACAAUUCGAAAGAUCCGUGGAGGUUGGAUACGGACACGGAAGAGAGGAACGAGAAGGCGCGAAAAGCCUACCAAGCGCUGUUGACGGUGACCGCGCGAACCCCUGAUAAUUUCGAGUACUUGAACUUUUCGCGGGAAGUCAAGUCCCUCGCGCAGAGUAAAUAUAAUUUCACAUUUGGAAACAGUUCGGUGUCGACAUUCGUGACUGCGUUUUACGACGCCGUCCUCCUUUAUGCUCUCGCCCUCAAGGAGAGCCUGCCGGCGGAUCCUGGCGAAGUCUAUUUAGACGGUGGUAAUCUCACCCGGCGGAUGUGGGGUAGAAGCUUUAAAGGUAUAACGGGCGAUGUGAAUAUCGACGAGAACGGAGAUCGAAUAGCGGACUAUUCGCUGCUCGAUAUGAAUCCAGAGACGUCAAAGUUCGAGAUUGUCGCCAAUUACUACGGUGCCAAUAAAACGUUGGAGUACGUCCCCGGGAAGAGAAUCCACUGGUCGGGUGGUCGGUCGGAGCCACCGCCGGACACACCCACUUGCGGAUUCGACGGCUCCUUGUGUCCCGACAACUCUCUUCCAGGACACGCGAUUCUCUCCAUGGUUUUAAGCUCCAUCGUCGUUGUCCUCGUCGUUGCCUCGGUCUUUAUAUACAGGCACUUUAAGCUCGAAGCAGAAAUAGCUUCCAUGACAUGGAAGGUACACUGGGACGACAUCCGCCUCGUGCCAAAUGCGAAAUCGAGAGGAUCCAUGUACUCGUUGAUCGCGAACAAGAUGCGCGGUAGUCAGCUGAGUAUGUACUUGGAGGAGAAUGUGAGUUUACCAGACGAAGUGGACAGAAACGCAUACGUUCCAACGGGUAUUUACAAGAAUGAUUCGAAAGUCGCCAUAAAAUUGAUACCAGGGAAUAAGGUGGAAAUCUCGCGGCCCUUGUUGCUCGAAUUGAAGAGGAUGAAGGACCUUCAGCACGAUCAUUUGGUACGAUUUUACGGUGCAUGCGUCGAGCCACCGCACUGCUGUCUAUUGACCGAGUACUGUCCCAGAGGAUCUCUUCAGGAUAUAUUGGAAAACGAACAGAUCAAGCUGGAUGGUGUAUUUCAAGGGUCUCUGAUACACGAUAUCGUUCGAGGUAUGGUGUACCUUCACGCGUCCGAGAUAAAAAGCCACGGCAAUCUGAAAUCCUCGAAUUGCGUGGUCGAUUCGCGCUUCGUCUUGAAAAUCACCGACUUCGGCCUCCACGAGCUCAGGAAGUUGAAUCCGUGCGACGCGGAAGCCGACAAGGAUAGUUACGCCUAUUGGAGAAGACAGCUGUGGACAGCCCCGGAACUGUUGAGGAUGGAAAGGCGACCGCCGGAGGGUACUCAGAAGGGCGACGUGUACAGCUUCGCCGUGAUCGUCCACGAGAUCGUGGUACGCCAGGGACCGUUUUACUUGGGUGACAACUGUGAUCUCUCCCCGAGGGAGAUCGUGGAAGGGGUGAAGAGGGGUGGAGGGUCUCCGAUGAGGCCCGCGAUUGGCGAAUCCUCUGGCGAGGAGGUGGUGGCUACUUUGAUGAGACGAUGCUGGGCGGAGGACGCCGCGGACAGACCAGACUUUUCGGCGCUCAAACAAACUAUACGAAAAAUGAACAAAGAUCACGAGAGCAGCAACAUCAUGGAUAAUCUGCUGUCUCGUAUGACGCAAUACGCCACCAACUUAGAGGCUCUGGUGGCUGAGCGAACCGCGGAUUAUCUCGAGGAAAAACGAAAAUGCGAGGAGCUUCUCUACCAGUUACUGCCAAGGUCUGUUGCGUCUCAGUUGAUACUCGGCCAAAGCGUAAUAGCUGAAACUUACGACCAAGUGACCAUCUACUUUAGCGAUAUCGUAGGAUUUACAAAACUCUCGGCCGAGAGUACACCUCUUCAGGUGGUGGAUUUACUCAACGAUCUCUAUACGUGUUUCGAUUCCAUUAUCGAGAAUUUCGACGUCUACAAGGUGGAAACGAUAGGUGACGCUUACAUGGUAGUAUCGGGAUUGCCUGUAAGAAAUGGGACGAAUCACGCCAGGGAAAUCGCAAGGAUGAGCUUAGCGCUUAGAGACACCGUGAUGACCUUUAGUAUCCGUCAUAGACCGAGCGAACAACUGAAGCUUCGAAUCGGAAUGCAUUCUGGACCUUGCGUGGCUGGAGUGGUCGGCUUGAAGAUGCCAAGGUACUGCCUUUUCGGAGAUACCGUCAACACAGCGUCCAGAAUGGAGAGCAACGGAGAAGCUCUAAUGAUCCACGUCAGCCCCAAGACGAAAGAAAUCUUAGACACGUUUGGCACAUUCGAACUCGUCUGCAGAGGGGAGGUCAAUCUAAAGGGCAAGGGCAAGAUGACCACCUACUGGUUGACGGGCGAGAAGUCAACGAACAAUAACGUUCAGCCGGGAAGCGCGUUCCCGACGCCAGCCAUCGCUAUGGUUCCACCGCCGCCCCCGGCGCCAGCAGCGGGAGGAGUAUCGAUAGAAACGCCAGCAACAACCAUGACAACUAUAGCAGCGACGACGCAAACGACUACGGCGACGAUGACGACGAUGACUGCUCAAGCUACGCCAACGUUCGAUCGAAAACGAGACGAGACGAUAAAUGUACCACCGCAUCAAGCGAAACCGCAAGAGAAACGAUUCUCUCAGAUCGCGCAGCAACAUUGCCAAGAUCAAAAUACGAAUCACAAGGGGUCGCAGAAACUUGAGGAGCAGUCGCGAUUCCAGUCGAGUCAGCAGAAAAGUCAGCAGCUUCGACAGCAAAGCCCCAGUCGAAACGAGGGUCAAAUUCAAAGUCGAAAGGGUGGCAACGAUGGCGAUAGGAGCGGCGACGGCAGCAACGGUAGCUUCGUGACCGGAAACGGGACACCAAAUCGCGCUCGCACGAUAUCCAGCACCCCCGUCGGAGACGGCUCACCGUCUCGAAAUCGCGUGUCCGUCGGCCCGGUGUCCAACAACGCGGUUCAGCAGGCUCGACGGCCAUAUCAAGCCGGCGAGAGUCUGCCUAAUCACACGGAAAGCGGUCCAAACGCGCCUCUGCUUGUCCCCGCGACGCCUCUCCCUCGAGUCUAGCUCGGCUCGAUUCUCGCAUCGUCCAGCGUUUCGCGGCGUUUCGUCGAGGGAACCGAUUUCAUUCCUAAUACGUGUAUCGUUGUUUCGUCUAGAGUAGCAGCGAGCUCCGAUCGGCGAGCCCGAUCGACAUUUUGGGUCCACUUGUUCGAAAGAACGCUUUUCGAAGUAAAAUUAAGAAAUCAACACGGGAACACGGAAUCGCUCGUUCUGUCGGGGAACUAAGAGAGACCCGAUCGCGUCGCGUAAGCGGUUCGUUAUUCGUACCCUGGCGCUCAAAACAUUUCCUAUCCGCUGGAAUACACUUUAUCUCGUUUAUUUCGUUUGUCCUUGACGCGAUUCGAAAACGGUUGAAAAUCUUCUUUGUUCCUUGACACCGGACGGUUCGUCGAUUCGUAGCCAUCCGUCUUUUGGACAGCGCGUCGAUACUUGUCGAGGACCAGCGCUUUCGGGUAGAGCAAGUAUGUUGGACUCGAAGAUAUCGCGGUGGCGUACUCUAAGAUCGAGGGUAUAUGUAUAUGUGUGCGUGGAUGACGAACUUUCAAGGCUAGCAGCGUAGCUCGCAAACUCUUGCAGUCGACAUGCCUGCGGAGUAGAAACCGCCGCUAAAAUCUGGAAUUCGGGGCGUGAAUGAUUUCUUUUAGGCGUGCGCUAAAGUCGAUCGGCGGAAAGAGACGCGAGGGCACGAUUGUUUCAUUCGCGUCCGAUAGAAACGCGUCGCUACUCUCGUCGAAGCAUAAAAGUAGCAUGAAAGUCCGAGAUACGGAGAAGGAUUCGAAGCAGAAAGCGAGAAACGGUAAGAGAGAUGGGCAAAAAUUCAAAAACAGAAGAUACACCACUCUUUAUUCGUUUCCGGUAAAAUAAACUCGAAGCCGAGCACUCGAUCGGUUUUACUUUGCGAGCGAAUCGCGAUACAUUCGAUUCGACGCGUCGCGCGGUUAUUCGAGUGAAACUUUGCCUAUCUCCGAAACAGCCCGACCAAGCCCCACGUGUACGUGCGUAUUUCUUUGUCGAAGAAAACAAAAUAUAUAUUUACGACGAGUUAAAGUUAGGCAUCGGUGUACAAAAGCGUUACAGCGAAUAGAGGCUGGACCUCGUACGGGAACCACCUGCCGAACGAUGGAGCUUUGGGCGAGGGACACCCUGAACUGAACGCUUCGCUACGCGCUCGAUGCGCGGCAAAAGAAAGUACGGGAAUCGCUCUCCGUGGCGCGAUUGGCCACGGCGUCUCUUAACGAUCGAAUUUCUCUCUAUUCGUGUCAAUCUCUUGUAACGAUGUAACGGUCGGUAUUCCGGAAAUAAAGUUUCAUCGUUUUUGAAAGU